CGCGGAAGUGUUCUUAUUUAAAGGGACAGGCUCGUUUUUAAUGGGCGACGGCUGCUAAGAAAAAUAAGACAGGCUCGAACACACACACACACACACACACACACACACAGGGACACAGAAAGAGAGAGAGAGAGAGAUACAAGGCCCGGGUGGCGGUGGACGUGGAUCUAAAAAAAGGAGCAGAAAGGCUGAGAUUUGCGGUUGCUAAUAGAGAGUCAGGUUUGUGUACUGGUGUGUUAGAGAAGGUGAAAAUGGUGAGACGGGUUUAGUGUCGGUGUGUUUAGACUGGAGAGGAUCUGAUCUGAUCCGUGUUACUAAAAAUAAAGAAGAGGAGAGCAAACUGUUUUCUUGCUGCACACACACACACACACACACACACACACACACACACGCUGGCUUUGUAAGAGACUUCCCCCUGCCAUGAUCAUGGUUUUCUUCACACACUGAACCCGAGGCAAGACGGACAGACUGAGAGGAAUAAACAGAGAGAAAGAGGAGAGGAGGGGAGUUGCAAAGGUCGAAGUCUCUGGAAUGACCUGCUCAGGAUGCAGCCAUCGAGCGACCCGUCAGGAGCCCCGGAGGAGCGUGAUUGGCCACUGGCCUUGUCUGGGCGGAGCCUGAGGGUAGACAUUAUCUGUUUUUGGUCAUCGCUUCACUGACCCUCCGCCCCUUUGGCCUUUGUUCUCUUUCUGAGUAGGAAUGCUGUUGUUUCGUCACACAAGCAGUGUCGGAGAUGGGCGAACUCAGGGGCUAGGCUCAGGUUCAGAGGGCAAAGGUCAACACGGAUGGACGUGGAAGAACCUUGAUACUGUGGAAAAAGAGUGGGCGAAUGUGUGGUGGUCUGCGAGGCAUUAUGGGAAAUGUAGUAUGCCGAUCUUAAGACGGACCUCUGGGAUUUAGAAAUACGUCCAGUUCAUUUUGUCGCUCUGUUGAACUUUAGAACUUUUUAAAAAGAAAUAUAUAUAUACAUAAAUUAUAAGAACAGCCGUUGCCAUGCGUCAUAUCCACGUGGAGCUGGUUCGGAAGGAGGCUCAGGCUGGGGACCUGAUGCCGCCCAGCGACCCACAAGUGACCUUUGACCCCCAGCCAAGACCAUUGAACCAGGAAGAACUGCGGCUGCAGAAGGUUUAUCAGCUCUCCAUCUUUUCCCAGAGAGGAGGGUUUAAAGGAGGAACGAAGCGUGGAUUAGAGGAAGCGUCAGGCCCCGUCGUCGCCCCAAAGCGCCUCCUUCAGGAUGAGGAAGAGGGCGAAGAGGAAGAUGAAAUAACGGAAGGGGAAGUGCUGUGUGGAAGAGGCUCCACCCCAUUACUUCCACCUCUCCCCGUAAAAGAUGCUUUUGCUCCACUGUCACCCAAAUCGCCCCCUAUGGUAGACCCUCAUGCACUUCCUACUACCCCUCUGGAGCCUUCACAGCCUUUGCAUCCACCCUUAACCCCCACUGAAGCUGUAGAGUGGGGUGUAGAGCUUGAAAAGACACCACCCCCUUCAGAAAGACCGCCUCACUCCCCAUCGCCCCCUUCCUGUUCCAACGGGUCAAGCUGGUCAGACCGGAGCACUGAGGUGAAGAAGAAGAGGCUGCUGUCGUUCAGUGACAUCGGAGACUCCUGCUCAGAGGAUGAAGGACCCUCGACCUCCAAACGCUGCCGUCUGGCACUGACCCCAGGGAUCGGAUUGGCACCAGGACGCAGCACCGACUCCAAGGCUGCUCCCUACUGGACACACCUCCUGCCCAUAGCCAGAGAGCAGGGCAAAGGCUCUACUGAGUUUUCCAGAUCGUCCCGGAGGCUAAAGACCAGCGCACGCCUCAAAUCUCGUCAGCUUCGCAGUGGCAGACGCACUGACACCAGUCGCUCGUCCUGUUCAUCGUUGGCCGUUAGCAGGUCACUCCUGGGGAACUUCGAGGAGUCGAUCCUGAAAGGUCGGUUCUCUCCGUCAGGACACAUUGAGGGUUUCACGGCUGAGAUCGGGGCGAGCGGUUCGUACUGCCCCAAACACGCCACAUUACCCGUACAGGUGACCUACUACGACACGUCAGAGCACAGCGCACCCUCGCCCUUCUUGGGUGUGAUCUCACUGGAGCCCCUGGGAAAGAAAGGAUACAGUGUACCUAAAGCAGGGACCAUUCAAGUGACCUUAUUCAACCCCAAUAAGACUGUGGUGAAGAUGUUCCUGGUGACUUACAACUUUGGGGACAUGCCUGUCAAUCACAUGACCUUCCUGCGCCAUCGAAUCUUUCUGGUGCCUGUGGAAGAAGAGGUGGAGUCAGGGGCAGGAACAGAAAGCUCUAUCUCUGAUCGGAAGAAGAUUCUAUGCUACCUGAUACACCUUAGAUUCCAGAGUUCCAAAUCUGGAAAGAUCUACUUGCACAACGAUAUCCGGCUGCUAUUUUCCCGCAAAUCCAUUGAGGUGGACACAGGGAUUCCUUACGAACUCAAGUCCUUUACCGAGGUGCCAAGAAACCCCAAAUACUCUCCGCGGGUGUGACCCUGACAACCUGCAGGAUAGACUUAUAGGAUUAGAAAAUGAUCAAUAAAGCAUUCUGACUUAAGAACAGCAGAACCACAUGUGAUCUUGAACAUACAUGUGCACACACACACACACACACUCGCGCACACAUUUGCACACAUCAGAACGAUGGAUUCUCUGCAGUUGUAGCUUUGUGAAUGAAGAGUUUUCCCCUAGACAGGAUGUCUGCACUGCCUAAGCCCUGCCCACUGGAGACUAUGGGUGGGUGUGGCCAGGUAUAUGACCUGUUUGGAUUGGGUGUUGGAUCAUAGAAGUGGAAGAAGAAGGCAUGCAGAGAGACUGGAUUGGAUUUGAGACCUGACCUACAGACUGAUUUUGGGUCGACUGUAAGGUAACGGGGCACUCGCUUACCAGAGAGGAUUUAGAGGAGGAACUCAAUUAACUGAGGAAUGUGUACGGAGUGGAAACGGGAUCGGGAUCUUUACAGGAGUGCAGACGGAGAGAAGGACGUUUAAACUAACCAUGUUAACAUUAACAGACUGUACAGGAGAGCAGAAUGCUACAAAACUGGACUAAGUCAGGAAAUGCUUUAGUAGACCUUUUACAUAGAAACUGUGGUGUCUAAUCAACACACCAUGCCACCAACAUGACAGCACAUUUGUCACCUAGCAGGCGGAGUUUGAGUUUCAGCUUCCAACACACACACCUGUACUGUUUCACACCUUCACUGAAGCCCCAGUGUGCACUGGCUUCCCUCUACAGGCUGGGCAGUGCUGUCACCAUGAUCUAUGUCUGAUUACAGUUCAGUUCUUGAGUUAUUUUUCCUCAUGGCUGUUUGUUUUCGUUACCAUUUCAACAAACAGCAACAGUUCAUUUUCCAGCUGAGCAAACAGGUUAAACCCUUUGUGUUGAGGUGGCUGUCGGGGGGGAAAAAGAAAAGAUGAAUUUUCCAUGAGUCAGUAAACGGUAAACAAUUUGGACUUUUCCUCGUUAGUCUUUAGUGAAUUCUGUGUUUUUGACCUUUUUGCCUUUAUAGUUUCAGGGAUUGCUGCCACCUUCAGGGUGAAUUUUAGUUUUGUGACACAAACAAAGGGCUUUAAAUAGCAGUGCAGAAGCUAAUAAUUUAGCCGAGUGAGUGUGAAGAAGUGAGAUAUCACUCUCAUCUGCUCCACUUUAUUGACUGUGGUUUAGCGAACAGAAUUUUCUAUUCAGUUACAGUAGAAAAAUGUGGGUUUCUUAAAGCUAUAGUGAUGAAUUGAAACACGAAACUACGAAAAUGAAUUGAAUCAGAACUCCGAAAUUUUACCAAAAAAAAUCUAAACUCUGAGAAUUUGCACAGACUGAGUUUUACAGCAUGUUCCACAACCCCAUUUUAUUCUCAUAUGAACAUGAACAAGGCCUUUAAACUGUGACGCUGACUCUGUUAUGACACAAAACCCAUGUUAGCCACAAAAUUCUCAUUGCUUGAACAUUUUCCCUCUCAGACAGUGUUUGAACCUGAAUUGCAUCUGAUUCUACUGCAUGAAAUGACACAC